AUGUCGCCUCCUCCACCAGCUGGCUGGCUCAUCUCUUCAGACCCCCCAGCGACUGCUCCUCGUGGUGCUGGCUUUUCCUCCACAUUUGACCCCGGUGAUGGAGCGAUCAUCCUCAAUCAGUCAGGAAGGCAGACUGGCGUGAACCACGUGUCCUACUGGCCCGGCGACCCCAAGCUCAGCCAGCUGUUGCUUAGCGACGAUGACGCCUUCGCCGCAGAGCAGCUCAAGUCCAACAGCCGGCUGCACGUGUACAUUCCGCUGCAGCCGCUGGCCAGCACGAUGCAGCAGUUCGCUGCGGAAACCUCCAUGGCCUGCGACUUCCUGCAGCGCAUGGCGGACUGCGAGAGCCGGGACGCGGGCGAGCUGUUCACCGUCCAGCGGCGGCGGAGCCUGGAGGACCUCACGACCGCCUUCUUUGUCACGGACGAGCUUCGGCACAAAGACCUGGCCAGGAUGGGCCUGGAGAACUUCUGCGUGGAGCCCUAUUUCAGCAACUUGCGGCAGCACAUGCGGGAUCUGAUCAAGGUGCUGGCGUCUGUCGCCUCCAGUGUCCCUGACCUCCAGCCGGACUACGGCUUCUAUGUGAAGGACCAGGCGGAAGGCCUCUCCCAGGGUCUCUCCCAGGGCCUCUCCCAGGACCUCCCCCAGGGCCUCUCCCAGGGCCUCUCCCAGGACUUCGUCCGACACUGCAUGAUACAGGCCCAGCUGCUGGCCUACAGGACGGAGGACCCCAAAGUCAGAGUUGGUGCUGUGAUCUGGGCUAAAGGAAAGUCUGGUUGCUGUGAUGGGACGGGCCGCAUGUACCUGGUGGGGUGCGGCUACAAUGGGUAUGCAGGGGGGUCCGCGUAUUCAGCGUUUCCCCAGAUGAGCAGCGAGGAGAUGGACCCUCAGGAAAGGAAGUACAGAUACAUCAUCCAUGCUGAGCAGAACGUACUCAUGUUCAGGAGUGCUGAGAUUAAGGAGGAUGAGAAGACAAUGCUCUUUGUCACAAAAUGCCCCUGUGAUGACUGUGUACCUCUGAUAGUGGGCGCUGGAAUUAAACAGGUGUACACCAUAGGCCCGAGCACAGAAAAAAAAAAAGAAGAAAAAAAAGACCUCUCCUACAAAAGGUUUGUCGAACUACAGGGUGUACAGAAGUUUAUGUGGCAGAAAACGCCACAAGCCGAAGACCUUUCAUAACCGCCCGAACAGACAUGAUCAACCUCGCUAUCAACAUCUUUUGACCCUCCUUUGUGAUGACAGCUGAAACCUUUUCAUGAAUGGGGGCUGUAGGGGAAAUUCACGGAAAAAGAGAUCUCCUUCCUUAUUGUGAUUCAUUGCUUACAAAGUCAAAAUCAGACUCAAUAUAUCACAUGUAUGCUGCUUGUUAUCAAAUCAAAUGAACCUAGAACAUUUAAUUACAGCUAAGCUUAUGAAAACGCAAGAAACCACAGUGUAAACUGUCGAAAUGAGAGCAAAGACUGCAAAAAUGCAUCAGGCUAAAGAAGUACAUUUACUCACUGAGAAGAAUAGAUUGAUAAUCAAAUGUUUAGUAGUAUAUUUUCAAUGAUUCACUGAUGUUUAGUAGUAUAUUUUCAAUGAUUCACUGAUGUUUAGUAUAUCAUAUUUUCAAUGAUUCACUGAUGUUUAGUAGUAUAUUUUCAAUGAUUCACAGAUAUUUAGUAGUAUAUUUUCAAUGAUUCACAGAUGUUUAGUAGUAUAUUUUCAAUGAUUCACAGAUGUUUAGUAGUAUAUUUUCAAUGAUUCACUGAUGUUUAGUAGUAUAUUUUCAAUGAUUCACAGAUGUUUAGUAGUAUAUUUUCAAUGAUUCACAGAUGUUUAGUAGUAUAUUUUCAAUGAUUCACUAAUGUUUAGUAUAUCUUAUUUUUUUUUACUUUUACAUUUACUAUUGCGCUGUUCACAUGCUUCCUCAAGCCAAACUUGAGGAUCUGAUUUUUCUAACAGAGAUCCAUCGGAUCCCUCUUUGCAAUGUUUUGCAAU